AUGAUGUAUUCAUCCGCGUAUUCAGAUUGCGAUCUUCAGUGUUUCUAUCUGUUUACUUUUUUAGUAGAAAUUGGUGUCACCCGAGCUGCCGGAAUAGAAGUAACAGUAGAAAGAACCACCACCGACAAUGAAGGCGUCGUGAUCUGUGACGAAGGGCCCACUUAUGUCAGCGAUGAAAGCCUGACGAUCGUCUCGCCAAACCACCCGGCAGAAUACAACAUCUACGAUCAGUGCAACUAUAACAUAUACACCGAUGAAGGAUACCUUAUAAUGCUUCAAUUUGAGGAGUUCGAUAUCGAAGACUCUCCUAAUUGUCAGAACGACGGACUUUUCAUCAAAGAUGGCGAUCAAUAUUCUUUUGAUUUAGGUGUUUACUGUGGGCAAAAAGCGCCCGAUAACAUCGUAACAAGCGGCAACAGAAUGACAAUGAACUUUUUAACAGACGGAUCGGAAGAAAAAACGGGAUUCAAAGCAUUUGUUGAGAGAGUUCCUGAUGACGGAAGUUACGAUGCAACAAGGAAGGAAUACUACGUGUGUGGAGAUCACGAGGCCACAAAGUCAUACGGUGGAGUGAUAAUUUCCCAUGCCGGGUACGAGAAGUCGCAAUCACCUCCGAAAUCAAACUGCUCGAUCACCAUCGACCCCCUUCAGAGGUUCAAUCGCAUACAACUGACGGUUUUAGAUGUUAUAAUGUCUUCGGAAAAACGAACAGAUAUUACCUGCGUAAUAGAGAUUGGUGUUCGUCGACCAGGUGGAGAUAUCACCUACGGGCAUCACUAUAAAACAGCAGGUGCUGAAUCCUGUUGCCAGUCAUGUAAGGCUACCAAAGGUUGCAAAGCUUGGGACUUUGAUAAUAAUAGGGGAGAUACGGAAUACGGCAACUGUUGGUUGAAAGAUACUCACCCGUACCCAAUAGAUGCAGUGGACGUUGUUUCAGGUAUUAUUGAUCCGUGCACCGAUCAAUUUGAGAAAGUGCAGCUGUUCGAAGCUAAUAAGCUUCUCGGAGGUGCCUGCUAUGGGGUGGAGAAGAAAACAUUCAUGGCCUCCUCGUCUCUGGAACUUAGGUCAACUCUUAAAAACAUAACAGAAGGCAGUAAUGGUUUCAAAGCAGUAUUCUCCCUUUAUUACAUGGCAGAGGAUGGAAGAUGCGAGGAUAAAGACUUCAAGUGUGCUAAUGAUCACUGCAUCGUACCUUACCUUUCGACUGAUUGUCUCGACCACUGUGGAGAUAUGUCAGAUGUCAAUGCUACUUUUUGUAUACCUUUAGGUAAAGCGAGACUGGAAAUGAUAAUUGGUGUCACGUUUGGAGUUGUUGUCCCCGUAUGCGCAAUCGCCGCAUUCGUGUUGUUCUACUUAUCAAAGCGUCGUGAUCACCGGAGAAGACACCGAGACGCAGAACAGCAAGAGUAUGAAAGGAAAAGCAUGGAAGUGGAACAGCAAGAGAACGAGCGAAAGAGCCUGGAGGCUGAACAAUUGGAGAACGAGAGAAAAAGACGGGAGGCCGAACAGCGAGAGAACGAAAGACGGAGUAGGGAGGGAGAGACACAAGAGCGCGCUGGGGUGAGCAGGGAGGCUGAACAAUUAGGGGCAAUUGAGAGCAAAUACAUUUUUUCACACAAGGCAUAUGGGCAAAUAUAA